GUACACUUCAACCUGUUUUCUCACUCUUUCUUCUCUUCUCUUCGGCAGUUAAGCUGCUCCAAUCCACAGACACCCACCUACUUUCUCUCUCUAAAAACUCCCAAAUAAAUAAAAAUAAAAAAUCUCUCUCUGUAUUUUUUGCGAUUAAUUUCUCUCUCUUAAUUCCUUCAUUUAUUGCUUCCCGUCCCACACGCACAUUCAUUGGUUUCAGAAACAGAAGGAAGUUACUACUACUUAUCAGAUAGAAGGGGAAGGGGGAAAAUAAAAGGAAAAAGAAGAAAGAAAACCCGUUUUGGGUUUUCACUGUUUGAGUGAGAGGAAGAUGCCUCUGGUGAGAUUGGAGGUGAGGAAUGAGUUCGGUUUGGGGCAGCCUGAGCUGUACAGAGAGAGUAGCAGAGAGGACCCUAAAGCUGUGCUGGAUGGUGUUGCUGUGGCUGGCCUUGUUGGGAUCUUGAGGCAACUUGGUGAUCUUGCUGAUUUUGCAGCAGAGGUCUUUCAUGGUCUCCAGGAGCAAGUCAUGACAACAGCUUCUAGGAGUCAUAGAUUGAUGGUUCGUGUUCAAAACAUUGAAGCUUCCCUACCUGCCUUGGAGAAGGCUGUAUUGGCACAAACAAGCCACAUACAUUUUGCAUAUACAGCUGGUUGUGAAUGGCAUCCACGUAUAAAACCUGCUCGAAAUCAUUUCAUUUACAAUGACUUGCCUCACUUUAUUAUGGAUUCAUAUGAAGAAUGUCGUGACGCACCACGCGUGCACUUGCUUGAUAAAUUCGAUAUUGGUGGCCCAGGAUCUUGUUUCAGGCGAUAUUCGGAUCCAACAUUCUUCAAAAGAGCAUCUGCAGACUGGGAUGAAUCUUACUCUGAGAAGACUGAAAAAGCAAGGAAAUCCCGUAAAAACAAGAAGAAAAGGUCAUCACGAAGGAAUGGAGAAGUUUUGAGGGGUGAACAUAUGCAUAGCAGUAGUGGCAGAAUGCAAUUUAUUUCUUCCUCUAUCAAUGGACGAACUUCUUCCUCACAAACAGCCUCCACAAUAGAUAUGACUAUGAAAUCAGAUCUGGAACAUCAUUCAAAUUCUUUUGAUUCAAGGUCUGGUGGUGGCUACAUUGAAUGUGUUUUCCAUCCCAGUAAUACUAUGCAAUCUCAUGAGCCAGAUUAUAAAGAACUAUCUUCUCCGAGGUUGGCACAGAAAACCAAUAUUCGGCAUUCAUUAUCUCCUCAUAUAGAUGAUAGUAUUUCACAUGAUUCAUUGGAAAAGCAAGUUGCCUCUAGUUCAUCAGGUGUUACUUGGGAUGAAAAGGAAGAGAUAGUGGAAUCUAAGAGCCAAACCUGUGAUAGAGAUAAAACUCCAGAGAGGAUUGUGGAAAAUCAUGGCACAGAUAUGCAUGCAAAUGAGGCUGUUACCUUUACAAAUGUUGACUACAGUCAUGUCCUAUUCAAUGAAGAAAGCAACCUAAAAGCAGUCUCCAACAGGGUUCAAACUGAUGAUAUUGAUAGUGAACCUGAUAAUUAUGUGGAUGCUCUUAACACCAUCGAAUCAGAAUCUGAAAAUGAUAUUGAUUAUGAAACAAAACGGGAGGUGCAGCAGUUCAUUUCACACGUCCUUGAAAAUGGAGUUACUGAAGCUUCGUCUAAUUUAUUUGACAAAACUUUAUCUGAUGUUUCCCAAACUGAUUAUAGUGUUCCACUAAAUAAAGAAACGGGCAAGGAUUUCCCUGACUCACUGCAAGAAAAUCAUCCUCUGGAUCUUGUUUCAAAGCCACCUGCAUCUAAUUUGGGGUCUGUAAGUCCAUCAGAUGUUCUUGAUAGCAAAAAUUUGACCAGAGACUCUGUUUCCUUAAACAAAGAAACAUUGAUGGAUUUGCCUGACUCACUGCAAGAAAUUUCUCCCCUCACAUCAGAGUCACAUGCAUCUUAUUUGGAACUUGCGAGUCCAUCAGAUGUUCUGAACAAUGAAGAGCCGACUAGAGAUACUGUUUCCAUAAACAAAGAAACAUUUGAGAAUUUGCCCAACUCGUUGCAAGGAAUUCCUCCUGUCACAUCAGAGCCACAUGCAUCUAAUUUGACAGCUGUGAGUCCAUCAGAUGUUCCUUUUAGUGAAGAGAUGAGCAGAGACACUACAACCUUAAACGAAGGAAAGUUUAGAAAUUUGCCCGACUCAUUGCAAGAAAUUCCUCCAUUCAUAUCAGAGCCACAUGCUUCUAAUUUGGCAUCUUUGAGUUCAUCAGUAGUUUCUCUUAGGAAUGAAAUAACCAAGAGUAUAGCUGAUUCGUAUACCUCUGAGACUCCUGCUUGUGAACAGGUUCCUGUCACAUGUGGAAAUUCUGUUUUUGAUCACUCAGUAUGCGCUGAUACCGUUAGUUCUUCUGCUGUUAAUGAUACAGUGUCAGCUCCAAUUGAGACUGGUAGAUCAUUUUCUGAUUCCAAAAUCUCUAACUUACCAGAUGAAGCAAGUACAAUCAGCAACAAUAUCUGCAAAAAUGAAGAGACUCUCAGUGACUCUUUGGCUGAUAAUUCAGUUAGGUUCUGGACCAAUGGUGGAUUAUUAGGACUUGAGCCAUCAAAACCUCCUGACUUUAACAAGUCAACUUCUUUAAGUCAAGGAUCAUUGAGUACAAAAGGUGAAGCAGAUGGUGGUUCACGUCAUAAUUCAAUAAUGCAAGAGAGUAAUGGUUAUAAAGAGGAACGGGAAUCAUCAGGAGAGGUUGCUGAACAGAAUCUAAAGGAACAGAGUUCGAAAUUCUUAACAUCAAGCCAUAAGGAUGACCAAGCUUGUGUCUCUGAAAAGACCACUGGCAGUUCUCAGCAGGGAUUUGGUCAAACUGAGAGGAACAGUUUGGGGGAUGUCAGGGUACAUGCACCUGGAAGUGCUCUCCCAGCUGCUGCUGAGCCGAAGGACUGUACUGAACCCGACCAUGGAAAUGGUGAAAACUUAUCACGUGUGUUUGGACUUAGUCGUAGAUUAUUGACAAAUAGCUUUCAACGGAAAGUUUCUUUUGAUGAAAAAUCUGGCCAUUAUAAUGCUCUGAAGUCUGUUAUAUUGGAGCAGAGUGGACAAAAUGGCACUGUAGGACAGUCACUUCCUGAGACAACCUUGAAAGAGAAAGUUAGUUCAGGAUAUCCCAUAAAUUCACUUCCUCCUUCACCUCCACUUGAACAUAUGAAAAUAUCCUUCCAUCCUGUCAGUGGACUAGAGACAUCCAAACUCAAACUAAAAUUUCCUGAUGGCAGUAAUCGUCAUGAAAGCCUAAGGGAUAUGUUUCCUUCGUUCCAGUUGGUCCCAGAAUCUUCCAUUCCUCGGGAUGAUGCAGGCUCUCACUCUGAUGAUGAUGACACUUUCUGUAGAUCAUCUCCUUACAUAUCAGAUGAUGAUCGCCAUAGCCCUCACUCUGACUAUAAUUCUGAUCAGUGGGAAUCUGAUGAAACUGCUGAAAGCAGUGACCAAGGUGUACAUGAUUCUCCUCACAAAAGGUCAUCUGCUGAAUCUGUGUCCAAUGACGACGCCAACGUAAAAAAUGGACAUGGUACAUAUACUACGAGUGGUGUGGAACAAUCUUUAUCUGGGCCAUUACUUGAUUUUCCAAGUUUUGAUAAUGUUAAUCGUGCACUUGAGAGAGGGAAUAAUAAUGAUUCCAAAUGCAAUAAUACCGUUGUAUCACAUAGUCAUGCAGAGCCUACACCACCUCCUCCUCCUCCACUUCCUACCACAGAAUGGCGGGUCUCAAAACCACAGUUGGAUAUGACAAAUGCGACGCAGCAUUUUAUGUCUGAAGAUGCUGAAAAUAUUAAUGAUCCAAGUCUUCUUACUAUCUUCCAGCAACCUAGGUUCUCUGAGGUUGAGCAAAUCGAAAUUAAUCACAAUGGUCAUGAAUCUUAUGACAACAUUAUAUGUAAAUUAAAGGAGAAGCCUUCCCUGCAGCUGGAUCGGCAGAAGCUGAAUGGUCAGACGGAAGCAAACCAUUUGAGAAUGGGAAAGGAGACAGAUGAAAGGGAGGAUUUCCUGUAUCAAAUCAGAACAAAAGCCUUCAACCUGAGGCCCACAGUAACGGGAAAGUCAAAUGAUACAACCGGCCCCACUGCAAACGUUAAAGUUACUGCAAUUUUGGAGAAAGCAAAUGCAAUCCGUCAGGUUGUUGCCAGCGAUGAUGGUGAAGAUGAUGAUAACUGGAGCGAUACAUAAUAUAUAAAUAUAUAUAUUUCAUACUUGUUACGUUUUUUAGCCUCUUGAAGUGAAGUUGCAUGAGGCUUUGUUCUAUGUACGCAUGUGUGAAUAAAUCUUGUCUAUCUGUUAUAAAGUGUAGUGCAGCAGCAUCAGCCAGUUUCUCAUAGUUUCAUUCAUUAUCAUAUGAAUUCAUGUCUUCCUUAGUUUUUGCUUUGAAUCUUUGAACUGGGAAAUCAGGCUGACCCAAUAUUAUUGUGAGAUUACAAAUCCAGGCGACUGUUUGUACAAAAGUUCCUGAGAAAAGAAAAAUGAUAAUUAUGAAUACUUUGACUUUAUUUCUAAUUAUUAUCUCCCUUUCAACGACAAGAUUGG